UUUGCAUUUAUCAAACAGGAAGACAGUAUAAAAGCUGGGUUUGAAGUCUCAGUAGACAGCAGUCCUAAUCUUCUUCAGAAAGAGAUGGAGUUCUCAAAGGCUUUUUGUCUUCUCAGUCUAGCCCAGAGUGUAUGUGGAGAGACGACCGUGGAUUACAACAUCUAUAACGAGAGGCGACAGGCUUCCACUGAACCGUCUUUUCGUCGCGUCCGUAGUUUUACUGAAGCCACGACUCCAGACUAUAACAUCUAUAACGAUGUGAACAGCCGUGCAAGCCUACCUAACGAAGGCUUUAUCAUUUUGCCGAAGCCGUUCGAGGAGACCAACCCGGACCGCGUCGAAGCAGGCGAGCUCUUCGACAAGGACAUGCUGCUGACGGAGGCACAGUGGAGGGACCUAGCGCUGAGGAAGGGCCUUGCCUACGAGUUCUCCCGCUGGCCUGAGGGCGGAGACGGCUUCCCGCGCGUGCCUUACCGCUUCGCAGACGAUGCGGUGAAUCAGGCGGCAGUGAGGGCCGGCAUCGCGCACUGGGAGCAGCACACCUGCAUCAGAUUCGAGCUGAUCACCAAUAUCAACCAACCUCAUCUCAAGUUCCAGAAGAAAGGUGGUUGUUGGUCAUAUGUUGGGUAUAUCUCACAAUAUACUACCGGUGAAGACAUUUCUAUCGACAGCGGGUGCACUUCCCUCGGCAUAGUCGUCCACGAAAUCGGCCAUGCCAUCGGCUUCUACCACGAGCAAUCCCGCCCCGACCGCAACGACAGCAUUCACGUCAACGAGGAGAACAUUAUAUAUGGGAAGGGCAGUAACUUUGAUCGGAAAACGCCUUACCAUGUUGACAGCAAAGGAAUUCCAUACGAUUACUCAAGCGUUAUGCAUUAUGGCGGAUUUGGCUUCUCGAAGAACGGCCACCUGACCAUAGCUACGGUAGACCCGCGCAACCAAGAACUGAUCGGACGGCGCAGCGGCCUCUCGCACAGGGACAUGCACCUCGCCAACCUCAUGUACCGCUGUAUCGACAAGUGGUUGCAAGCGUGUGGGGUGAUCAGCGACCCUUGCCAGAACGGUGGUUACACAGGAGCAAAUUGCACAUGCGUGUGUCCUCAGGGAACAUCCGGGUCCUCCUGCGAUACAGUUGAACAAGAUUACUUUGCUUCGCAACGCAGUAACUGCAGCAUGCUCAUCACAAGCCCAGGCACCAUCACCUCGCCCAACUACCCGAACUACUACCCUUACGGACUGACAUGUGCCAAAUGGAUACUGGCACCAGAGUGCAGUCUGCCAAGAGUAACUUUCAGUGCCUUCAGGCUCUCAGAUUGCUGGGACAAACUGGAGAUUCGGACAAACAACCGUUACGAUGGCAACUACUACUGUGGCACCAGUAUUGCCCCGGGGACCUCCUUCACCGCAACUACCAAUGAGCUCAUCCUGAUGUUUUAUACGAGAAGCAAUUACGAGACUGGUUGGUCUGCAGAUGUCACUUUUGUUGAUGAUCCCAACUGCAGCCCUGGUUAUACUCAAACACAAACUACUCCACCCACACAAACAACAACCACUCUGCCACCAACCACACAAGCACCUACUACACUUCCACCAACCACACAAACACCUACCACUCUGCCACCAACCACACAAUCAUCUACCACUCUGCCACCAACCACACAAGCAUCUACCACUCUGUCACCAACCACACAAGCACCUACCACUUUGCCACCAACCACGCAAGCACCAACCACACUGCAACCCGCUCCAAACUGCUCGAUACUAUCUACCAGUGAUGGAGUAACUUGGCUCUCACCACACUUCGGCUCCGAGAACUACCCUAACAACUUCACCUGUGGACUUACUGGGCAUGCGGAUUCUCCAUACAUGACCGGCUUCAAGAUCAACACUUUGCAAUUGCAGCGGAAGAAACAUAAGCGAUGCGUUGACUUUAUUGAGAUUCAGAUUCCUUAUAGCAGGACUAUAAAGCUCUGUGGCACAAAAAAACGAACUGUUCUGGUACCGAACAGGAAUUUGAACAUCAGCUUUGUCACUGACAACUCUAUAACGGACGUCGGAUUCAACAUCAGUAUCACGUGGCAGAAGAGUAAAUGUCACCGCAUCAUUGAACUUACAGACAACUCCGCAAUGGACGUCAUCGAGAGUCCAAGGUUCCCGAAAAAAUAUACCAAACAUAAAGUUUGCGAGUGGUGGAUUGUGGCCCCCGAAGGUAAAAGAAUCCAAUUGGAAUUCACAAGAAUCAGCCUCAGGGACAGGAAUUGCCUUAAUUCUUACAUCGCCAUAGACAAGUCAGGGCAGGCCACCUACUGGCGAGAAAACAGCUCCCUCCUCUGCGCUGGCCAGAGAACGGCGACCGUCGUCUCGUCUGGCCGUGUGAUGAACGUCGCUUUCGCCGGCGGACGUAGGCGCUCUUGGGGCUUCUCUGCGCAAUAUACCGUUGUGUAAGAAGGCCGCAUAGUGUGAGGAUGGUGCUGAUAUAAUGGCACUUGCAGGUUGAUACAUACAUGGGCAAUAUCACAUAUCCACACGUACAGUCGCAUGUAUAGCUCCACGUACACACAGGAAUACCUGCACUGUAUGUAUGCAUCAGAAACUUUUUAUACAAAGUUGCCAUUCAGCUCUCCGUACAUGUAGACAGUAUCUUGGAUUUCUCUCACGAAUAUACUAUGGAGAAAUAAAGGACUGAUAACUGUUA